UUUCAAAUGGGAUGUAAGAUAAGAUACUGCCAAAGUUUAAUGAAAAGGAUAAUUUUGAUACUGACUUAACAAUUCUUUAUUACAAGAAAUUAACCAUAACCACAUUGCAAGAUUAAAUUUCUUGUUUAUAAGAAACUGAAAAAAAUACAACAAAAACGCUUGUAUCAUGUGAUUCUUUAUCACUCCGCAGUUAAUUGCAAUGGAUAGGAACUUUGUUUUGUAUACCAUUGUUGUUUGCUGUGUUUUGUUGAUGAUUGUUGUCUUACCGUCCGUAGCUGAUGAAUGUAGUGGGAACAGUUGUAGAAAUAUGAUUUCAAUGCCAUUAAUGGAUGACAUGAAAGCUACAUUAAAGGCGGAUUUAGAUGUUUCAAAUAUAAACAAUCAUUUGAAAGCAUACAUUGAACAAGAGAUACGGAAAAGCGUUGAAACAGCCAUGAAAGAUGUAAUGAGACAGCUGAUUGAUAACAAACUUCAAGAGGCCAAUGCAACAAUAGAAGCGACGAUUCUUGAAGAGCUUAAAAAAAGAAUUGGUGUUACCUAUGUUAGAUGGGGAAGAAAAAGUUGUCCUGAUGGUGCUGAACUGGUUUAUACAGGCCAAGCUAGUGGUAACUAUUUCCAUCAUAGCGGCGGUGGAGUUAAUAAUCUAUGUCUUCCGAAUGAUCCAGAAAAUGGAGAACAUCAACCAUUUGCAAAUUCUCAGAUUUUUGGAGCUGAGUAUAUGAUACAUGCAAGAAGGAAGCAACAUGGUAUGUCGGGCAAUUUGGAAUUCCGAGAAGUACCAUGUGUUGUCUGUCGCAGGAAGCGGAGGUCUUCUGUAAUUAUUGUUCCUGGUAGAAAAACCUGCUAUAAAGACUGGAAUGCUGAAUACAAAGGAUACUUGAUGGCCGCUCAUAACGAUCACAAAAAGACUGAUUACGCAUGUGUUGAUGUUAAUGCCGAACCAUUCGACAAUAAAUCAUCCUAUCAUAGUGACGGUGUUCUCUUCUAUCCAAUUAGAACCAGUUGCGGUAGUUUGAGAUGCCCCCCGUAUAACGCAGAGGCAGACGUAUAUUGCGUGGUAUGCUCCAAGUAAAAUUACUAUUAUUAGACUGGUGCUACCCGAGUUUCAAAUGUAUCAAACUUUAAAAUAAAUACAUUACUUACCUU